ACUGCUUCAACCUGUGGAGCCGCUCAGAGGAAAAGCCAAGAUGGCCGACCAAAGAGAGCAGCUCAUACCUAAACCGUCUUCGCCUCCACCGUAUUCCUACCACGACCAGUCGCCUCCAGCUUACUCUGCGGCGCCGGCCGGGUACGGUCCGCGCCAGACCGAGGCCGUCGUCACCGGAUACGAGUCUUUUCAAGACAUAAACCCAGAAAUCGCAUCGGACACAACUCCCUUUGUGUCGUCGUCGUUUGAGGAUGAAACCGUGAGGAGAGGGUUUGCUAGAAAGGUGUUUAGCAUCCUGACGCUCCAGCUGCUGUUCACCUUUAGCGUCGUCUGCGUGUUCACCUUCUCCAGCGUCGUGAAAAAGGCCGUGCAGAACAACUUGUGGGCCUACCUCAGCUCCUUCAUCGUCUUCAUUGUGGUGGCCUUCACCCUCAGCUGCUGCAGGUCUUUCAGCCGGCGUCACCCCUGGAACCUUGUGGGGCUGGUUAUCGUCACCCUCAGUCUGUCUUACAUGGUGGGGACCGUCGCCUCCUUCCACAACACCACCGCUGUCGUCAUCACCAUGGCAGCGACGCUGGUCAUCUCUGUUGCCAUCAUCGUCUUCGCAUCACAGACUCGUUAUGAUUUCACUCUGUGUUACGGCGUCCUAUUGGUCAUGGCUGUAGACGUCGUCAUGUUUGGGAUCUUCUGCACCUUCUACUACUCCCAUGUCGCCAGCAUUAUUUAUGGAUGUCUUGGAGCGCUGCUGUAUUCUCUGUUCCUGCUGGUCGACUGUCAGCUGAUGAUGGGAAAGAUGAGCUAUCGGCUGAAUCCGGAGGAAUACGUCAACGCUGCUCUCACCAUCUACCUGGACAUAAUCCUCAUCUUCCUCUACCUGCUGGGGAGGAGGUGAUACUGUGUAAAACGCUACCUAAACUGAAAUUAUCGAGCAUUAUAAUGUAUAUAACUGAGGUGUACUUAUUUACACCAAGAAA